UGACUGUGCAAGAGUGACCUGGAAGACGAGCGGGUUUUGAACAUUAACUUUAGCGUCAAUCUUUGAGCCCAGCGGAACACACAGCACAGACACCGCUUCCUGCAGCCUCCACCCACCGCUCUGUCGUCUGCACAGCUCUGAUCCCUGCGGACUCUACCGAACAUGGAAAUCUCAUUUGCAGGCAAACGAGCUCUGGUCACCGGAGCAGGAAAAGGGAUCGGCAGGGCUACGGCUCUGGCUCUGGCACGCUGCGGGGCAAAGGUCACGGCGGUCACACGUACGCAGGCUGACCUCAACAGUCUGGUGCAGGAGUGUGCAUCCAUCAGCCCCGUGUGUGUGGACUUGGCAGACUGGGGGGCCACAGAGACAGCCUUGCAGGAUGUUGGCCCCAUUGAUCUGCUGGUGAAUAAUGCUGCCUAUGCCAAUCUGCAGCCAUUUCUGGAGGUCACACCUGACCAGUUUGACAAGUCAUUCAAUGUGAAUGUGAAAGCUGUGCUGCAUGUCUCUCAGAUUGUGGCUGGUGGUAUGAAGGCUAGAGGAUCAGGAGGCUCCAUCGUGAAUGUGUCCAGCCAGGCGUCACAGUGUGCCCUCAGAGACCACACAGUCUACUGUGCCACUAAAGGAGCCCUGGACAUGCUGACUAAAGUGAUGGCUCUGGAGCUGGGACCCCACCAGAUCCGUGUGAACAGUGUGAACCCCACAGUGGUGAUGACUGAGAUGGGUCGCCAGGGCUGGAGUGACCCCGAAAAAGCCAAGACCAUGACGUGCCGCAUCCCUCUAGGCCGCUUUGCAGAGGUGGAAGACGUGGUGAACAGUAUUUUGUUCCUGCUGAGUGAUAAGAGCAACAUGACUAAUGGAGUCACUCUGCCGGUGGACGGAGGCUUCCUGUCCUGUUGACAAACUUGAGCCUCGUCUCAGGACACUGCCCCCCUGUUCAGAGGGAAAACAACAAGUACCUCCUGUCUCAUCAUCUCACUGCAUUAUACAAAAGAGGUCAAUUUAACAAAGAAAUUAAACUCAACUACUGCACAAAUCAA